CUUUGUGGGACCGCGAGCUCGGCGCAGAGCGGUGCUCGCUGUCUGCCCUCGGGUUCCUCAGGCCGUGGGGCCGUCUCGGGAAGGCGGACCCGCGAACGUCCGGUUCCCUCUCUCCGUGACCGUGUCAUCUUCACCCCGGACACAGCGACCGUUUCUAAAUCACAAGGGCGUGGGUUAGCCUCCCCUAGGACUUCAUGUCUGUAUAUUUCCCCAUCCACUGCCCUGACUAUCUGAGAUCAGCCGAGAUGACUGAGGUGAUGAUGAACACCCCAUCCAUGGAGGAGAUUGGCCUCAACCCCCGGAAGGAUGGCCUUUCCUAUCAGAUCUUCCCUGACCCAUCAGACUUCGACCGCUGCUGCAAGCUGAAGGAUCGCCUGCCCUCCAUAGUCGUGGAGCCCACAGAGGGGGAGGUGGAAAGUGGGGAGCUCCGGUGGCCUCCCGAGGAGUUCUUGGUCCAGGAGGAUGAACAAGACAACUGCGAAGAGACGGCGAAAGAAAACAAGGAGCAGUAGAGGGUCUGUGGGCUUUCCAAGGUCAUGCCAGCCAGCAUCUGGACCUGAACUGUGUUUUCCCAUCGCGAUGGAAGAAGAGAGCGAGCCCCGAUCAUUCUGAAAAUGUCAAAUGAGGCUUCCGUUGCACCUGCUAAUCACCCGAGUUGGUUUUCUUUUCUUUUCUUGUCUCUUUUUGAAAUUCGUUGAGCAGUGGAGCCCUCUGACAACUUGCAAAACCUUCAGAGAAAGGAAGCUGCUGAGAGCCAGGGUGGAGGUGUGGGAAGGGUGCUGCUUCUGAGAUCGGUAUCUGGGCUCCAG